UUUCUGUAUUAAGCACUGAGGCAUGAAUGUAGAUUUCACUAUAACAUGGUUAGGCCUUAAUUUGAAGACUUGAGUGGUUGCUUUUUGACCAUCAUAGGGCAUCUUCCUUGUAAAUCAACAACACAAAAGGUGUUCUUUAUGGAUAGUGCCCUAAAUUUUCAGUUCUUUCCUCUAGGUGUGCCGUAUUCAAAUGGAACUAUUUGUUCCAUAAUCAUGAAGGCUGGAGUCAAGGAAAAUGUUUCUGGAAGGGGUAGAAGAGAAAAAGCUGUCCAUCCCAAGUGGAAAUCUCUUUCAUGUUUAUUAAGCUUUGUCCUGAUAACUUAAACUGGAACCUCAACUUUGAAAUGAACGCACAGUUUAAAAAUGGUCCAUUUAUCUUAUAUUUAUCAUUAAAGAAAAAAUGGCUAAAGUUUCAAUUUGGGUGGCAGCAUGUCUUGAAUUUUCUUUAACCUUUUAUCUGAAUUUCUAUUUUAAUGAAUAAAAAGCUUUUCUCAUAAUUGCUGUCUUUUUUUUUUAGAUAACUCAUAACUGGACUCUGAAAUAAUAAGAUUUCUCAUUUUGCAAUCUGAUUGAUAGUCUAUUAGUUGUAGAUUUCAGAUGUUUGGUCCUGUGGUGUUACACUAUAUGUGAUGUUGGUUGGAGCUUACCCCUUUGAGGAUCCAGAAGAUCCUAGAAAUUUCCGUAAGACAAUUGCGAGAAUAAUGAGUGUUCAGUACUCUAUACCAGAUUAUGUACGUGUAUCUGCGGAUUGCAGACACCUCCUUUCUCGCAUAUUCGUUGCUAAUCCGGCACAGAGGAUUACAAUUCCAGAGAUUAAGCAACAUCCUUGGUUCCUUAAAAAUUUGCCAAAAGAGAUUGUAGAGAUUGAGAAAACAAAGUACAAGGAAAAAGAAGGGGAUGGAGCAUGUCAGAGUGUCGAAGAAAUAAUGCAUAUCAUACAAGAUGCUGGGAUUCCGGGGAAAGAAGGGAAAACAGGUGGUGGUGGUGGUGGGGAAUCAGACACAGAUGAUUUAGAAAGUGAGGUUGAUGUCAGUGGUGACUAUUUGCCUAAUUUAUGAAACAGUCCUAUUUAGAAUUGGCUCUUUCAAAUAAUUUGUGGCAUUGUAAAAAAGUGGACUCUGUUGUGCUCUGGGAGCAGAUAAAAAUCUUUAGUGAAUGUUAUAUUAUUAUUUUUUACUUUCUAUCUCAUACCGUUAAUUC